AUGUCCCAACCUCAACGGGUACAAUCUCAGACAGAUUCUCAGUCACAGCCACAGCCCCUCCAAAUUCCGCCGGCGGAACUCCUCGCAGAAUACUCCGCUUGGACCGUCCAAGCCCCGAUGGUGCGCUACAGCAAGCUGCCUUUCCGGGAGUUGUGUGGGGGAUACAACACCCACAUAACUUACACACCCAUGAUGCUGUCUACUGAAUUUUCCCGCAGCGAGUAUGCUCGUGCGUCUGAUUUCUCUACUUCGUCAAGCGAACGAGGUGUAUUUGAGCUGCGAAGGAGACGCACUGCGGGAUGGCACGAUGAGGCUUUCGAAAAACACUCACAACUUACACGCGGUGCUCUCAUCGCUCAAUUCGCUGCCAGCGAGCCUGUCCCCUUCAUGCAGUCUGCUGAACUUAUAGCGCCGUAUGUCGACGCUAUCGAUCUCAACACUGGUUGUCCGACCAGUUGGGCAUACGCGGAGGGAAUUGGUGGCGCCCUCCUACGUCGUCCGGAGACUGUGCGCGAUAUCAUUCGCACUACCCACGAUAGACUCGGUAGCUCUCUCCCCGUAACCGUUAAAAUACGCAUCGAUCAGGAUGAAAAGAGGACUGAGCAGCUCAUUCGCAAUGCUGUCGCUGCCGGUGUGUCGCUCGUCGGUAUACACGGUCGUUAUAGGACACAGGCUUCCACCUCUCCUGUCAAUUUAGAUGGCGUUCGUCUCGCGCAGUCCUUUUCUGAUGUACCCACCAUCUCCAAUGGUGACGCUUGGUCGCUCGAUGAAAGCUUGCGCAUUAGAGAUGUCACCGGCUGCAAUGGCGUCAUGAGCGCUCGCGGUAUUCUUUCCAACCCAGCCAUGUUUGCGGGGUAUAAUGAGACACCGAUGGAAUGCGUUGAUAAAUUCAUAAACCUAGCCAUCGCAUAUGGACUGCCUUUCCCACUCUUCCACCGCCAUUUAGCCUAUAUGCUUGAAAGUCGGAUGUCUAAGUCUCAACGCUUAUCGUGGCAUACUCUGCACAGCAUACCGGGUGCACUAGACUGGAUCCAUGAGCAGCCAUUAUAG